GGAUCUGCCCAGGUGUGUGCGGGAGAUUCAUAGACACACACCUGAUGAAGCAGCUCGCCAGGUCAGAAGCGGCUCUUUCCCACUCAACAUGGAUAUUUGAUUGACCUUACAGAAGUGCUUGGACGCUUGAGAUGCAGGCCGUCACUGAUCCAGCACGCAGGUCUUUGGGGCUUUAGUCCUGGGCAGAGGGAUCCUCCUGACUGAGGGAGAGGCUGUGGGAUGGAGAUGGAGCGUUACCUGGGCUCUCCGGCCAACACCACCAACACCACUGCCACCCCAGGAUCGGCCUUUGGAAUGGAGCUGUUGAUGGAGCGACUGGCCGUGGUGGCUCUGCUAGCGCUGUUGACGCUGCUGACGGCCGUGGUGAACGGGGCUGUCAUCGCAGCCAUCUGCACCACCAAGAAGCUCCACCUCCCUGCAAACUACCUCAUCUGCUCCCUGGCCGUCACUGAUUUCCUGGUGGCCGUGCUAGUGAUGCCCAUCAGCAUCCUCUACAUCACCACUGAGACCUGGCUGCUGGGGCCGUUCGUGUGCGAGGCAUGGCUGAGUGUUGACAUGACCUGCUGCACCUGCUCCAUCCUGCACCUGUGUGUGAUCGCGCUCGACCGCUACUGGGCCAUCACUAAAGCCAUCGAGUACGCCCGCAAGAGGACGGCCCGGCGUGCCGGUGUCAUGGUGGCCACCGUCUGGUUCAUCUCCAUCUUCAUCUCCAUUCCGCCUCUGUUCUGGAGGCAGCGCGGGGACGGGACUGGCCCGCAGCAGUGCAUCAUCGAGCACGAUCACGUGGGCUACACCAUCUACUCCACAUUCGGUGCUUUCUACAUCCCCAUGACUCUCAUCCUUAUCCUGUACUCCCGGAUUUACAGCGCCGCCAAGACGCUGUACCAGAAGCGCGGCUCCUCACGCUAUCUCAGCAGCCGCAGCACUGACAGCACCAACUCGCUGAACCGCUGUCGUGUCAAGCACGCCUUCUGCGUCUCCACCUCUGACCACACCACGGAGUUCGACCGCAACCAUGCUGCCGUCCGUGCGCCGCUCGACAUGGAGACACCGGAGCUGGACGAGAGGAACCAGAUCUGCACGUCUCGGGAGAGGAAGGCGGCUCGGAUUCUGGGGCUCAUCCUGGGAGCCUUUAUCCUGUGCUGGCUCCCGUUCUUCCUGAAAGAGCUGCUGGUGGGAUUGAAUGUGCCCAGCCCCUCGCCUCAGGUGUCCGAUGCGCUCACCUGGCUGGGAUACAUCAACUCGCUGAUUAACCCGCUACUGUACACUAUCUUCAAUGAGGACUUCAAGCAGGCUUUCAAGAGACUGUUUAGGUGGAAGGAGCACACAUAAGCCCCUUUU